UACCGUGAAGUGGACCAGAGACAACCAUGCUGAAUCUCAGCCGGCCGAUUGAGGAGCAGGGACCCCUGGACGUGAUCAUCCACAAGCUGACCGAUGUCAUCCUCGAGGCUGACCAGAAUGACAGCCAGUCCCUGGAACUGGUGCACAGGUUCCAGGAGUACAUUGAUGCUCACCCUGAGACCAUCGUCCUGGAUCCCCUCCCCGCCAUCAGGACCCUGUUAGACCGCUCCAAGUCCUACGAGCUUAUCCGCAAGAUCGAGGCCUACAUGAAAGAUGACAGGAUCUGCUCACCGCCCUUCAUGGAGCUUACGAGCCUGUGUGGGGAUGACACCAUGAGGCUGCUGGAGCAGAAUGGCCUGGCCUUCCCCUUCAUUUGCAAAACCAGAGUGGCUCAUGGCACCAACUCUCACGAGAUGGCCAUUGUGUUCAACCGAGAGGGCCUGAAUGCCAUCCAGCCUCCCUGUGUGGUCCAGAACUUCAUCAACCACAAUGCUGUACUGUACAAGGUCUUUGUGGUGGGCGAGUCCUACACGGUGGUCCAGAGACCCUCACUCAAGAACUUCUCUGCAGGCACAUCAGAUCGUGAGUCCAUCUUCUUCAACAGCCACAAUGUGUCAAAGCCGGAGUCUUCAUCAGUCCUCACUGAGCUGGACAAGAUCGAGGGAGUAUUCGAACGGCCAAGUGAUGAGGUUAUCCGGGAGCUGUCCCGGGCUCUGCGGCAGGCGCUGGGAGUGUCACUGUUUGGAAUCGACAUCAUCAUUAACAACCAGACCGGGCAGCACGCUGUCAUUGAUGUCAAUGCCUUCCCAGGCUAUGAGGGAGUGAGUGAGUUCUUUACCGACCUCCUGAACCACAUUGCCACAGUCCUGCAAGGCCAGAGCACGGGAGGAACUGCCACGGAGGAAGUGGCCCCGCUGAGGCACAACAGGCUCCUGGCGGAACCAGCAGGCAGCCUGGCUGGUGAGCGGACGUGCAGUGCCAGCCCUGGCUGCUGCAGCAGCUUGAAGGGCCAGGACACACCCUGGAAGACUGAGACCGAAGCAGGCAACAUGGCCACUGGUGCUUCCGCCAAGCUGCCGCACCAGAGACUUGGCUGCACCACCGGCGUGUCACCCAGCUUCCAGCAGCACUGUGUGGCCUCCCUGGCCACCAAGGCCUCCUCACAGUAGCCACAGAGCCCAGGACCCAGAGGGGCGGCGCAGAGCAUGGAACACACCCACUGGGCCAGCAGCUCCAAAUGGGAACACUACUAAGAAUUCCCGGUGAUCUGAUGCUUCUCUGUUUUAAUUUUUUUACCUGAUUUUCUGAUGUUAUGAUCGGAAUGAAGUGGGGGGGGGAGACAGAGCAGAACACCAAGUGGUCCAGCCUCGAGGAUGCCGCCUUACUCCUGCUGUGCAGAUCUCCUCACUGAGUUUACACACGCUUGUGUUCUCAACACUAGGUCUGAAUGUGAGGUUGGGUGUAUGCAUGUGUGUAUGAUUGUCAUGCAAGCGUGAGUGUGCAUGUCUGUCUGUCUUCAUGGCUGUUGUGAGUCAGGCUCUGGGCACCCUGGAAGGAAGCCCAUACCUGGCCAGGCUGUUGCAGCUAAGCAGGCGAAGGACGAACGGUUUGCCUAGUUCCCCUCUUCACACCUGCCCACACCCAGACCUCACCCUCCCUCUUUUCCCAGAUGUGCCCUCCUCCUAAGUUAACCCUUGCCCCUGUGCAGCUGACCCUUGCUUUCCAAAGCCAAGGAAGCAGUAGAUGCCCCCUCAGGAGCUCUCCGUGGGGGAUCUGAGCCGUAGGAAGGGAGAAGAAGCUUCCUAUGGUGUGGCCAAAGCCCACUGGCUAUUGCUAGUCUUCACUGGCUCGCUGAAUACACCAGGCCACUAUCCUCUCUGCCCUGACCUUGCUGCUCACUGAGAUCCAGGAAGGAGGCCAUCUGACUAGGAGUCCAGGAGUCUGCCAGGCCCCAGGAUUUACACUGGGACUCUGAACAGAUCAUUCCGUGAGUCUUCAGGCCUCCACCGCCUUGUCUCUUCAGGAUGGCUCCUGAAACAGAGAACUGAAGGCCUGACCUAGUGUUCUAACCCUUGAGGAUACCUGCUUCCUCGUGUCAGCAUCCAGGUCCCUCUCUUCAGGUGAGAGAAGACCACCCACAGGGCUGCUCCUGUACAUACACACACGCACACACACGCACACACACGCACGUACGCACGCCAGCCUCUCCUGGCACAGCAAGGCCCUGCGUAGCCCUGCUGUGUUCAUGGCAAGUCCCUUGUACUGAGCACUAGGCAAGCCCCCAAGGGAGUUGUGCCCCAGUUGAGACUCACUCUGUCACCACAGCAGCUGACAGACUACCCACUGGCCCCAAAGCCCACAGGAAAGGACACCUGUGGAGCCCCAGAUGAGCAGCCCAGGGCCCCCAAGGGUGAUCUUAUGUCUUAAGAUAUCAGCUCACUGUGCAAAGAGAAUGUGGCCUUUGGAUUGUCCUUAGGUCUAAUAAGAUGGAGUACACGAGAGGAAGCGGCAGCAGCCCUGGGGAAGGCCACUAAGGGCCGUGCUGGGGCAUCCUUUGGGCAAGGAGAAGCUGAUUGGCUUUCGUGGAAGCAGAACCCCAGGACUAACCACGUUUACAGGACCUGAGUGUUGAACUGAUGAUGUCUGUAUGUCACCUUCCCAGGCCUGACCCUGAAUACAGGGGGUGGGAAGUGUGGCCGCCUCUUGCACUGCUUUGUCUCUGGAAUAAACUACUGAGAUCAAACUGCA